AUGAGAUGUGUUUUCAGGUGGCUGCUCAAACACUAUUAUCAAGUCCUGGCAUUAAUGUUUGCUGUAGAAGAGAUCAACAGGAACCCCAAUCUGUUACCCAACAUUACUCUGGGAUUCCACAUCUACAAUGCUUAUCACAGUGAUGAGAGGAUCUUGGAGAGUUCCCUCAUGUGGCUCUCAGGCCAGGGACAGACCAUUCCAAAUUACAGCUGUGAGAGGCAGAGAAAGUCGGUACUGGUCAUUGGAGGAGCCACUUCUGAUUUAACUGUUUCCAUGGGAAGCCUACUAGAGCUUUAUAAGUUCCUACAGCUCCAUUCCUUUCUGAAGAACAUCCACUUCAACAAUAGUGCUGGAAAGCAGGUGGUCUUGGAUGAAAAGAGGAAGUCUAUGGCAAACUAUGAUAUUCUCAACUAUGUGACCUUUAGCAAUGAUACCGAAGUCCUGGUGAAAGUGGGAGAGUUUAUUCCUCAGGCUACAGAUGGUAAAGAAUUCACCAUCCAAGAGAAGGCAGUAGUAUGGGCCACAGGGCAGACAACGUCGAGAUGCAGUAGUUGUGGUCCUGGAUUCCAGAGGAAAUACAAAGAGGGAAAGGCUGUCUGCUGUUAUGACUGUGUCCCCUGCCCAGACAGGCACAUUUCCGACCAGACAGAAAGUUUGUCUGAGGCUAAAAUAUUAAGACUUUGUUUUUUGUUUUUUGUGUUUUUUGUUUUUUUCUCUUCAGACACAGAUCAAUGUGUGAAAUGCCCUGAAGAUCAAUAUCCCAAUCAGGAGAGGAAUCAGUGCCUUCCCAAAGUGAUGACCUUUCUGGCCUUUGAAGAUCCCAUUGGAAAGGCUUUAGCUUCUAUAGCUGCUUGCUUGUCUUUCCUCACAGCUCUGGUUCUCUGGAUCUUCGUGAGCCACAAAAACACCCCCAUAGUCAGAGCCAAUAACCGGGAUCUCAGCUACAUCCUUCUCAUCUCCCUUUUCUUCUGCUUCCUCUGCUCUCUGCUCUUCAUUGGCCGCCCAACUGCAAUGAAUUGCCUCCUUCGACAAGCAACAUUUGCAAUCAUGUUCACGGUGGCCGUCUCCUCGAUUUUGGCCAAAACGAUCACUAUGGUUCUGGCCUUCAGAGCCACCAGACCAGGCAGCAGAACCAGGAAAUGGAUGGGAUCCCGAGCACCCAUUUCUGUUGUCCUCUUUUCCACCUUAUUUCAGGUUCUGCUCUGUGCAAUCUGGCUGCUUCUCUCUCCCCCAUUCCCAGAGGCAGAUGCACACUCUGACCGUGAGCACAUCAUCCUGGGGUGCAAUGAGGGCUCUCUCAUUGCCUUCUACUUUGUCCUGAGCUACAUGGGAGUCUUGGCCCUAGGGAGCUUCACAGUGGCUUUUCUAGCCAGAAAUCUCCCUGACACUUUCAAUGAAGCCAAGUUUAUCACUUUCAGCAUGCUGGUGUUCUGCAGUGUCUGGGUCUCCUUUCUCCCCACAUACCAGAGUACCAAGGGGAAGAUGAUGGCAGCCGUGGAGAUCUUCUGCAUCUUAAGCUCCAGCACUGGAUUACUAGGCUGUAUCUUCAUCCCCAAAUGCUAUGUGAUCCUUCUGCAGCCCCAUAGGAACACCAAGAAAAGUUUAAAAGAUAAUUCUGGUUCCUGAGUCAAGGAUCAUCCUGAAAUGUUCUGUGUGUCUUUCACUGAUAGGAUGAUAUUGAA